AAAGAAGGAAUCCAGUUACUCGUAUUUGAUUUGCUUGUUAUAGUAUUACUAUAAUUGAUUUGAAUAUAAAAUUUUCAGUCAAUAAUUAUUUUUUUCCAUUGGAUUUAUUAAAAACAACUAAUUGAAUUUGUAUUUUUUCCGAAAAUUUUUUUUAUAUUUUUCUACUUAUAAAUAAUUUUUAAUAAUAUCGAAUAAUUUAAUAAUUUUAUAAUAAUAUAUUAUCUAAAUUUAAUAUAAAUUAUUUAAUUUGUUUAUUUUAAUUUUUAUUUUGUAUUCUAUACAUAUUUUAAUAUAACUAUAAAUUAUAUGUAACUAUAAACAAAUAUAACUAAAGCAUUGUAUCUCUAUUUUUUUAUUUUAUGUCAUAAUAUUCGAAGAAUAUCGAUAAAAUAUUUCCCGCCAAUAUUUUUUAUAUAGUUGAAUGCUUAUAUUUUAAAAUCAAUAAAAAAUUAACUCAAAAUGGAAGGAUUUGAUGAUCCAGGAAUAUUUUUUUCUGAUAACUUUUCAGUAAGUGAAUCUGAUACUCAAACAAAUCUUCAAUUUUCUAAAAAGAAGUUUAUGGAAUUUAUUAGACAAUUUCAUGAAGGAAAUUUCAAUUAUAAAUAUAGAGAUAUCUUAAAACGUAAUUAUAAUUUGAAUCAAUAUUGGAUAGAAAUUAAUUUAGAAGAUUUAGCAGCUUUUGAUGAAUCACUGGCAGAAAAAGUAUAUAAGCAUCCAACCGAAUAUUUACCUAUUUUGGAAGAAGCUGCUAAAGAUUUAGCAGAUGAACUUACAGCUCCAAGGCCAGAAGGCGAAGAAAAAGUUGAAGACAUACAAGUUUUAUUAUCUUCAGAUGCACAUCCAAGUUCUUUAAGAGGAAUCAAACCUGAUGCAGUUUCUAAACUUAUUAAAAUACCUGGUAUUAUCAUUUCGGCAUCUGGAAUUAGAGCAAAAGCAACAAAAAUUGCUAUACAAUGUCGUUCUUGUAGAAGUAUGCAAAGUAACAUUUCAAUUAAACCUGGUUUAGAAGGUUAUGUUUUACCUAGAAAAUGUACAACAGAGCAAGCAGGACGACCAAAAUGUCCACUAGAUCCAUUUUUUAUAAUGCCAGAUAAAUGUCACUGUGUUGAUUUUCAAGUUCUCAAACUACAAGAAUUACCAGAUCAAAUUCCACAGGGUGAAAUGCCAAGACAUUUACAAUUGUAUUGUGAUCGUUAUUUAUGCGAUAGAGUUGUACCAGGCAAUAGAGUUCUCAUUUUGGGCAUAUAUUCAAUUAAAAAAGUUACUAAAACUGGUAAUAGAGGAGGAAAAGAUAAAGCAUUAAUUGGUGUUCGAGCACCAUAUAUAAGAGUAAUUGGUAUUUCUAUAGAUGGAGAAAAUACAGGAAAUGGUUCUCAUUCAUGUGUUACAAAUGAAGAAGAAGAUUUAUUUAGACGUUUUGCAUCAGAUUCUAAUUUAUAUGAAAGAAUUGCAAGAAGUAUAGCUCCUAGUAUUUUUGGUGCAUUAGAUAUAAAAAAAGCUAUAGCUUGUUUAUUAUUUGGUGGUUCUAGAAAAAAAAUGCCUGAUGGUCUUUGUAGAAGAGGAGAUAUUAAUAUUUUAAUGUUAGGUGAUCCUGGUACAGCUAAAUCACAAUUAUUAAAAUUUGUAGAAAGAAUUGCACCAGUUGCAAUUUAUACAUCUGGAAAAGGAAGUUCAGCUGCAGGUUUAACAGCAUCAGUAUUAAGAGAUCCCAUAACAAGAAAUUUUGUUAUGGAAGGAGGUGCUAUGGUUCUUGCAGAUGGUGGUGUUGUUUGUAUAGAUGAAUUUGAUAAAAUGAAAGAGGAUGAUAGAGUUGCAAUACAUGAAGCUAUGGAACAACAAACAAUAUCUAUUGCAAAAGCAGGAAUAACUACAACAUUAAAUACUCGUUGUUCUGUUUUAGCAGCAGCAAAUUCAAUAUUUGGACGUUGGGAUGAUAUAAAAGGAGAAGAAAAUAUUGAUUUUAUGCCAACAAUUUUAUCACGUUUUGAUAUGAUAUUCAUUGUUAAAGAUGAACACGAAUUAAAUAAAGAUGUAACAUUAGCAAAACAUGUAAUGAACAUUCAUUGCAAUGCUACACAAGUUACAGAACAAUCUGCCGAAGGAGAAUUGCCAUUGCAUAUUUUAAAAAAAUACAUUCAUUAUUGUAGAACUCAAUGUGGUCCAAGACUAAGUAAAGAGGCAGGAGAGAAAUUAAAAAAUCGUUAUGUUGUAAUGCGAGCAAGUACUAGAGAACAUGAAAAAGACACAGAAAAAAGAUUAUCCAUUCCUAUAACAGUUCGCCAGUUAGAAGCUAUUAUAAGAAUUUCGGAAUCUUUAGCUAAAAUGCAAUUGCAACCUUUUGCUACGGAAAUUCACGUAAAUGAAGCACUUAGGCUUUUCCAAGUAUCUACUUUAGAUGCUGCAAUGUCUGGAUCAUUAGCUGGUGCAGAAGGAUUUACCUCGGAUGAAGAUCACGAAAUGUUAUCACGUAUUGAAAAACAAUUGAAACGUAGAUUUCCUAUUGGGAAUCAAGUAUCAGAGCAAAAUAUUGUUAAAGAUUUUGUAAAACAAGCAUAUCCAGAACGUGCUAUUUACAAAGUUAUACAUACAAUGAUACGACGUGGGGAACUUCAACACCGUAUGCAACGUAAAAUGCUAUACAGAUUACAUUGAAAUGAUUAUAAUUCAUCCUUAAAUGGAUAAUGUGGAUGAUUUUCAACCCUAAAGCAAAUCACAUAAAAGAAUUUUAUAUUUUUAUAUUUUUUGGAAUGAAGUAUUUUUAAUAAAUAUAUUUACCCUUUAAAAAACAAAAAAUUAAAAAUUCUUCCACGUGGACCUUUGUCUAAAGUACUUAAAAGUUUUGUUUCUUCUUCUUUUAAUGAAAAAUUAAAUAAGUCAAUAUUUGUUUUCACUCUUUCUAAAGAUGAACUUUUUGGUAUUACAACAACACCUAUUUGCAAUAAGUAACGUAAUAAAAUUUGUGCUGGUGAUUUUUUAUAUUCUGUGCUUAUUUUUUGUACUGUUGGAUGUCCUAGAAGGUCUGGGAAAUUUUCAAUAUUAUGUUUAUAUUUUGUUUGAAGAUGAAUUUUAGCUCCAGGUGAUGCCAAAGGACUAUAGGCUGUUAUAAUGAUAUUGUGCAUUUGACACAAUUGUCGAAGCGAAUUUUGUUGUAGAUAUGCAUGUAAUUCUAUCUAAUAAUAAUUAAAAUAUAGAUUUAUUUAUAUAUUU